GUGACGAGUCCUGUUCAAUCCGGUGAAGUCCUGCGAAGUCAGCUGCCGCGCCGCCCUCCAGACAGUUCAGAUUAUUUUUAUUUACUCGAAAAGCACAAAACAACCCGUCAACCAUGGCCGACGAUGAAGCUAAGAAAGCAAAACAGGCGGAAAUCGACCGCAAGAGGGCCGAAGUGCGCAAGCGUAUGGAAGAGGCGUCCAAGGCCAAGAAGGCCAAGAAGGGUUUCAUGACCCCAGACAGAAAGAAGAAACUCCGUCUGUUGUUGAGAAAAAAGGCGGCCGAAGAGUUGAAGAAAGAACAAGAACGCAAAGCUGCCGAACGAAGGCGGAUCAUCGAAGAGCGGUGCGGACAACCGAAGAACAUCGACGACGCCGGCGAAGAUACGAUCAAACGGGUGAUCAAAGAGUAUUACGACAGGAUCACGAAAUUAGAAGAUCAAAAGUUCGACUUGGAAUACGUCGUGAAAAAGAAAGAUUUCGAGAUCAGCGAAUUGAACAGCCAAGUCAAUGACUUACGAGGAAAAUUCGUCAAACCAACAUUGAAGAAGGUUUCCAAAUACGAAAACAAAUUCGCAAAACUCCAAAAGAAAGCGGCGGAGUUCAACUUCAGAAACCAACUGAAAGUAGUGAAGAAAAAGGAGUUCACCUUGGAAGAAGAAGACAAAGAGAAAAAACCCGAUUGGUCCAAAAAGGGAGACGAAAAGAAGGUAAAGGAAGAAGUGGAAUACGAGGCAUAAAGACCUCGAACGAAGCUUAUCAUUGUGUUUCCAAUGAAUUGCAUAUUUUUACCCAGUUUUAUUUAUUUUCAUUAUUCUAUGUUCUUUCAACACCAGCAUGUAAUUGUUAUAACCAAAAUAUUUGUUGUCAAACAUGACAGAUCAUAAAUGUCUCAUUAAACUUAUUUCGUGUACAAGUUUAUUAACAAACCUAAAAAUAUCAACCUGUGUCUUUCAACCUUUGUAUGAUCCCUAAAAAAAAAUCACGUUGUAUUCGAA